UGUCAUCGAGCACCAUGCAGCAGACACCAAACCCUCAAGUCGGCGUCUGGCAGCUCCUCUUCGAGCGCCAGGACCCCUCCUUUCCAGAGAGUCACGUAAUAUUCCAGGAUGGCGCAUCAAAAGCUUCAUAUACGUACAACGAUCUCCGCACACAGUCGGCAAGAUUCGGCAGUGCUAUGAAGAAGAAAUGGGGUUUCAAGAAGGGCGAUGUGCUGGCUCUGAUGUCUCCCAAUUGCAUCGAGACACCGGGUGUCACUUGGGGGUGCCAUUAUACAGGCGGCAUUGUUGCGCCAGUGAACCCGAGUCUCUCUGCACGCGAGCUUCAGCUGCAGUUGGAGCGCAGCCAGGCGAAAGGAAUGGUGGUUCACCCGAGCUGUUUAGGCACGGCGUUAAAAGCAGCCAAGCGGGCUGGUCUUGCCAGUGAGCGGGUCUUGGUGUUGGGCGCAACGAACCCGGGCGGCGCGGCGACGACAACUGUCCAGUUUAUGAGCUCUGUACCCUCGGAGCCUGUUGGGCCUGUUCAUAUCGAGCCUGAUGAUAUUGCAUUCUUGGUUUACUCGUCUGGAACUACGGGGCUUCCUAAAGGUGUCAUGGUUUCGCACCGGAACGUUGUCGCAGCUGUCGUGCUCCAGGCGGCGAUAGAGAGCCCCCAUGUCCACUGGAAGAAGGACCGGACAUUGGCCGUCCUCCCGACGUAUCACAUAUACGGUACGAGCCCAUCUGGACCAAGUCGCACAAGUACUGAUCCCCUAGGCCUGAUCUGCCUCGUACACCUGCCGGUCUGGCUCGGCACAACAACGGUCUUCAUGGACAAGUUUGACCUGCAGAGAUUCUGCAAGCUCAUCCGGGAACACUCCAUCGCGCACGCCUAUGUAGCCCCGCCAAUUGUCCUCCAUCUAGCAAAGAAUCCCUCUAUCGAUAAACGAGAUCUAUCUUCGCUACGUAUGCUCACUUCCGGCGGAGCACCUCUCGGCGAAGCCCUCAUUCGAGAAACCUACGACCGCUGGAAGGUUCCCAUCCGACAGGCGUACGGGCUCUCUGAGACAACCUCCGUCUCACACAUCCAGCGCUGGGACAGUUGGAACACGGCCAUCGGCUCCAACGGCGCCGUCCUCCCGGGCCUUGAAGCCAGGAUCGUUCUCAACAACGACCCGUCCAAGAAGGCCGCCGUCAAAGAAGAAGAAGGCGAGCUCUGGAUCCGCGGUCCGACAGUUUUCACCGGAUACAUGAACGACCGCGCCUCCACAGACGCCUGCUUGACUGCAAGCAAGUGGUUCAAGACCGGCGAUAUUGGGUACGAAGACGCGAUGGGGAAUCUGCACAUCACCGACCGCGCCAAGGACAUGAUCAAAUUUAAGGGAUUCCAGAUUGCACCGACGGAGCUGGAGGAUAUCCUAAUUGAGCAUCCGGCUGUUCGAGACGUUGCUGUGAUUGGGGUCUGGAAUGGGGAGAUGCACUCAGAAGUACCGUUGGCUUACCUGGUAGCAAAGGAGAGUAUGGCGGAGCGGGAGCGCGAGACUGCGGCGCUGUCGGUUAUGGCGUACCUGAGAGGGAAGGUGGUGCAUUAUAAGCACCUGCGAGGGGGCGUGAUCUGGAUCGACCAGAUCCCAAAGAGCGCGUCCGGGAAAAUACUCAAGAGGGCAUUGAGAGAUCGUGUUGGGACCCUGGAUCAGGGAAAACAGAUCCUUGCGCCAGAGUAUGCACGGUAUCGGGCGAAGUUGUAGGCACAGCACACCGUGUAUUUGAAGUGUAUUUGAAGUGUAUUUGAAUAGAGUGAUA